ACCCAUGUCCAGAAGAGGAGCGCGUUGCGUUGUCACAUAGGCCCCUCAGCUCGAACGCCCACCGCGUAUUCCCCUGUACCUCGACGUCAAGUACGCUUUGCCAAUACUCCCACUUGCAGCAGCAGACCUGAGGUCGGCAGCAAGGGUGCCGAAUCGAGUGCCUCAAACCGGGCCAACCACAGCUCACUUCAUCUUGUCGCACCCUGGCAGCCCUACACUCAUCGUUGCACGCUUUUGGCUGCGAUCGCCAGCAACUUCCAUCUCAACCUGAUGAUGACUGACGCCUUGAAGAUUGAGAGCAGGCCCAUUCCAGCUUUCUAUUGCUGUUAUCUGUUGCGCUCGAAAAACCGCAAAUCUUACUACAUUGGCAGCACCCCGAACCCAGCCCGCCGCCUUGGCCAGCACAAUGGCUCGAGCAAGGGCGGGGCAAAACGAACGUCGAUGCAGGGGAAGCGACCGUGGGAGAUGACAUGCAUCGUGACGGGCUUUCCAUCCAAGUUUGCAGCACUGCAGUUUGAGUGGGCAUGGCAAAAUACGCACGCGACGCGGCACAUCGAAAGAGGCGUUCGAGAUGCGAGGGUGGAGGACCUGCAAAAGGGCAAAAAGCCACUUUCUCCGAGCAGGAAAAGACGACCGCCCAUGAGCCUUGAAGCGAGAUUGAAGAAUUUGCACCACUUGCUAGGUGUCGGCAGCUUCAGUAGAUGGCCGCUGCAUCUGAGGUUCUUUGCAGCAGACGUGUUUACGCAAUGGGAGAAGCACAUGGCAAAGAUGCCAGCAAAGCUACGGAAGAGCAUCACGAUACAACUUACGCCUGCUGAGCUCCCAAAACUUGCAGCAGAUGUACGCGUUGAGAUGCAAACACACUUCAUACCCGACGUCAUACGUGCGAUUCCAGUUGCCUACGAAGAUUGCAAAACCUACGUCGAGAAGUCGAAGAGCGUGCUUGACGAAGCGCGAAACCGAGCCUGUGGCGUCUGUAAGAAGGAAGCAGAUACAGUAAAGUCGCUCAUUCUGAUCUGCCCUGUUGAAUAUUGCAAGGCUGUAUCACACAUGGCUUGUCUCUCGAAAAAGUUCCUUGCAGAAGAAGGCAAUCAAGACACGCUGUUGCCAAUGGAAGGGACAUGUCCGAGCUGUCGCAGCCCGAUUAGAUGGUCUACGAUGAUGAAGGAGCUGAGCCUACGAACACGCGGUGAGGAAGAAAUAAAAGCUUUGUUCAAACCAAAGCGGAAAAGGAAGGCCGACAAUGCUGCUGAGUCUGACACGGGAGAUGCACAGGACCUAGAUGAGCAGGACGAAGACCUAGAUGAGACAUGGAUGGAGGAUUUGAACGACGACGAGGAAAAGCCUGCAAGCUGAAAACUGUGUAAUACCUUUCACCAUUCUCCUACGACCCUUAACGGCAGGUUUCCUCUAUCAACUCGCUCGAUGCCCUGAUCUACUUCCUCUCGGAUCC